CCGAACAUGACACAACACUGCCUUAUCCACCGAUACUUUUUAAUCUUCUAUUACUAUCCAGAAAAAUAAUUUCAGGAAUCACCAAUGGCUUGCCCAAGCUCUACAAGACCCACCAAAGUUCAAGAACUGUUCGUGUAUGAAUUCAAUGAACGUGAUCGUGGAAGCCCUGCCUUCCUCAAAUUGAGCCAGAAAUCUGUCAAUUCUCUGGGAGAUCUUGUCCCUUUUAGCAACAAACUAUAUAGCGGAGACCUGCAAAAGCGGUUGGGAAUAACAGCAGGCAUGUGCAUUCUAAUUGAGAACAAACCAGAGAAGAAAGGUGACCGGUACGAGGCCACAUACAGCUUUUACUUCGGGGACUACGGUCACAUAUCGGUGCAGGGACCAUAUUUGACCUACGAAGACACGUGUUUGGCUGUGACUGGUGGAUCUGGGAUAUUUGAGGGGGUGUAUGGGCAGGUGAAGCUGCACCAGAUUGUGUUCCCCUUCAAACUUUUCUACACCUUUUAUUUGAAGGGUAUUGAAGACUUGCCACAAGAGCUUCUUGGUAAGCCAGUGGAGCCAAACCCAGCUGUUGAGCCAAGCCCUGCAGCUAAGGCUUGUGAGCCCCAAGCCACUGUUACUAAUUUCACUAACUAAACUAUUAGUAGGAAGAUUAUGAUUGAUGUAAACUUGGUGGCUUGUUGUAUUACUGGUCACAGGGAUCAGCAAAUAAUAUACAACGUUGCAUUAAUUAUUACUACUAAUGUUUUUCAAUGGUUCAUUUUA